AACAGUAAAAUACAGUGAAUAUGUCUGUAGAUGAUAGAAACAAUAUUCUAGAGUGGGUUAACAAGAUGUUAACUUGUAGUAAGUCUGCCCCAAACAAUCAGGUUCUGAAAUUUGGAGUGGGGGUCGAGGAUCAGAGUUGUGUGGAGCUGGUUUCCCAAGCUCCAAAUCUCGAACAUGAUGAUGUGAUAAAAGAGCAGAGUUGUAUGGAGCUGGUUUACCAGGCUAUUUUGCGGAUUUCUCAAGCUUGCGAACAUGAAUGUUUUUAUAUUUUGGAAAUUCUAGAUAAUGCUAGGAUUCCAUCCCCCACCAUUAGUUUGCCUCACCCCUGUGAUAUUUGCAAACAAGAGUUUUCAUCCAAGAAGGAGUUAAAGCAGCACAUGAAGAUUCAUAAAAAGGUGGAAAGGCCUGGGUUUGUCUGUAGUAUCUGUGACCGAAAUUGUUUCUCUACUGCGCGUCUACAACGACAUCUUAGAACGCAUACAGGACUGAAACCAUUUGUGUGCGAGGAUUGUGGGGCCCAAUAUCAGCAGCUGAAUGACCUUGUUCGACACCAGCGGAAGCACUCGGGCAGUCUAGGCGGGGUGCGCUGUACUGUGCAGGGAUGUGGAAAGCUGCUUGGUACAAAUAAUGCUCUUACUGUACAUAACAGAAUUCAUACUGGAGAGAAAUCAUAUUUCUGCAAAACCUGUAGCAAAACAUUCAGAACCAACUCCUCUCUCAGACGUCAUAACCUGAUACAUACUGGAGAUAGACCUUUUCACUGCACGGUAUGCCACAAGUCAUUCCAGACUUCGAGUCAUUUGAAAGAGCAUAUGAAGAUUCAUCGUGGACAGGCGAAGACAGUUUUAAUGUCCGAGCCGGUCAACCCGGUACAACCUCAAUCUCUACCUGUACUUGGAGAAGUAAAAUGAUCUAUUAGGGAAAUAAGAAUCCUAAAGCUGUGAACUUCAUAUAUAAUGUUUUUUUAUUACAUGGCGCAGUAAAUAUAACACAAUUUCAAUAACCAGUAUCCAAAAAGAAAUAGGUUAAAAUCUCCUAAACAUGCAAUUUCAAAAUUUUUGUAGAAUGAUGAGUACUCAGGGUAGUUGAAGUUGAGGAAAACUCUUGAGAAAAGUGUGAUAUAUUUAGACAUAAUAUCUGUAUAAAUAUUUAUAUAACUAUUUUACUACCUAAUACAGCUAAAUUGAACUCCAACAGUUGCAGGAGAAUGCAAAUUACUAAUACCUAAUCAACUAAUUGCAGAAAAA